AUGCCGGAAAAACCCGCGACCAUUGCAGCAUACGCUGCUGGGGCCUCUCUUGCGGCGAUCACGCUCUUCUACGUCUUCGGCCCCAAUUUCACGAUCGAUGGCGAUGAGUCCAAUAUUAGCGGCAGGAAAAAGGGCAUUGUUGGGCUCUCAAAUCCGGCGAACGACUGUUUUAUCAACUCUGUGCUUCAGGCCCUCGCCGGCUUGGGAGAUUUGCGCAUUUAUCUAAUUCGGGAAUUACACCGGAGAGAGCUAGAAGGGAAGGAAAUAUAUGACAGUUUGCCUGCUGCUGAGGAUGUGCGCCGAGGGCGGUCUCCAGAGGUUGUCAAGCAGAUGCAACUGGCUCCAGUGACACGGGCACUCAAAGAGAUGCUGGAUAGUUUGAACGAACGGCCAAUCUAUCGCAAGACUAUUUCAGCUCGUGGUUUUAUACUUGCGCUGGAGAAUGCAUUCCGCACACGGAUCAGUCGGAAUCAGCAAGACGCGCAUGAAUUUUUGCAGAUCGUUGCAGAACGAUUGUGCGAUGAGUAUCAUGCCGGUGCUCAAGCUCGAAAGAGGGCUGCAUGUCUACCCACAGCACCUUCGAUAGCGUCAGGCGCGUCCGCUACCUCUGAGAUAGACUCGAAUAAGCCGCAGGAUACUAUUUCUCGCAGCGCGACCGAUAUUGAGUCUGAGAAUGAGUCAUUAAUCAGCUCGAGGUUAAAAGAAGCUAGCAAAGAUGACUACGGGUUUCCACUUGAAGGCAUGCUUGAGUCGCAGGUGGAAUGUCAAUUCUGUCACUACAAAUACAAGCCAAAUCGAACGUCAUUUGUCAACCUUACACUCCAAGUGCCUCAGAAGAGUUCGACUACGCUCAGUGCUUGCUUUGAUGGGCUUCUAAAGACGGAGUACAUUGACGACUUUCGAUGUGAUAAUUGCCAGCUAAUGCAUAUUCUGGAUCUGAAGCUAACAGAGCAGGUGCAGUCUGCAAGCUCUACCCAGGAUCAAGAGGCUUUAGAAAGGCAGAUAUCAACGCUUAAACAAGCCAUCAACAAUGACCCAGAAUCUCCAUUAGAAGGCAUUACCACGCCUGAUGCCCAAAAUGCGCCACGGCGAAAGAUAGCACGACACAUGAAAAUCACCGAAUUCCCCAGGGUACUCGCAAUUCACUUAUCAAGGUCAAUUUUUGAUCAGAGCGCUUCAACCAAGAAUGCGGCCAAAGUUUCGUUUCCAGAACGCUUACCUUUAGGCAGCAUUCUCGACCGAAAAUGGUAUAGGCUACUCGGGAUAGUCUGCCAUAAAGGAAGCCACCACAGCGGGCAUUAUGAGUCCUUUAGAAGAAAUCAUGUCUACGCGCCUUUCUCAACCCCCGAUACCUUUAGAUCCUAUGCUCAAAGUCGAACAGCCAGUGAAAACCCGUCCACCAUGCCUAGCCCAAGAGUCCAAGCCCUUCACAAGGCGUCCAACGUGGACUUGAGCCCAUUGACCACUUCCUCUGAAGCCGAUUCGUCUUCGGGUUCGACAUCUAGCAGCUCGUUACCCACAGCAGCGUCACCGUCUUUGACCCAAAGAAGUCCACUUUCUCCAUUAUCUUUGGACCGACAGCCUUCCGUAGCUUCCUCCAAUCGGACAAUACCACGAUCGUCGCCUGCGGUGCUGGGUGCUUCCACCCGACUCGACACGAGUUCCCGAGGGAACAGCAAAUCAUCGGCAGGCGAGGGGUCGCUUUUCCGACGAAAAAAGCGUCAUAACGAACGCUGGUGGCGGAUCAGUGACGAAAAAGUCAAAGAAUGCAAGACGCAAGAUGUCCUGGGGAUGCAGCGCGAAGUGUAUUUGUUAUUCUAUGAAAUGGAACGACCCGGUGAUGACACAGUCAUGCCAUGA